GGCACCGGCCACAGGCGGCACUUUUAGUUUAGGACCAGCAGAGCACGUAGCUACCUUGAAACGUUUCGGAAGCUGCUGUGAAGUUGUGAACUGCUGCAUGUUUCGAACUAUCAAAUAGAUGUUAGUGGUUGUUGUGUUGGUAUAAAAGGAUGUUAAUUGUGUGUCCUCAAUUACUGGUAUCUUUUUGACAUUUGUUUAUGAUGUAUCAAAGUGACGAAAACUGCGAAUCUGGAGGUGAAGACCAGCUUGAUGAUGGCAUUGACAGGGUUAGUGAUGAAAUUGAAGGUGGUGCUGAUGGCAAUGAGGAUCCAAUUUACAACGGUAGUUGUGACAAUGCCAGCGUUGCAGAUGGUGAGCAAGAUGAUAGUAAUUCUCAAGCAGAUUUCUGUGACUCCAAUGAAAGAAAUGAUGACGCUACAAAUUUCGAGGGAAAUAAUCAAUCCAUCUUCCGAGGCAGCAACAAACGAGGGAAAAACAGAAAGAACAGAGGUCGCGGGAGAGGAGGAAGGGGCAAUUUUCACAACGACAGUAACAAGUUCACUAACUCUAUCAAGACUGAAGUUGGAGUUGAUUUAGGCAAUCGAGAUUCGCAAUUGAACACCGAUUGCGAUUCAUUCUACAAUCGAGAGCAAGUUUUGAAACUAGAAAAUGAAUGCAUCUUGGGUGGAAAGCAUGAGCAAAAAAAUCCAGCUCAAUCUUUUAGACCAGCCUCUUGGAACAAGUUACUAUUAUUUGGCAAUCUAUGCAACAAGAAAGCUCCUGCUGAGAAUUCUCAGUUUGGCAAGAACCCUAACAAUAAUAACAAGGGUGGUAAUAACAAGGGCAAUAAUCAGCCAAAUGGAAACAACAAUAAUAAUAACAACAACAAGGGUGGAGGUGACCUGAAAGGGGAUGCAUUUUCAUGGCACAUGAAGCAUCUGUGCUACAGCAUUGGGCUGCUGAAGCACAGCAACGGCCCUGGCUACACUCUCGAGUCCCUGUGCCUGCAGUUCCAUUACAGGUUCCUGGUGUUCUUCUUCUGCAUCUGCUACUUCAUUGUGAUGUUGAACUGGUUUGUGAAUGAAAAAAUAGUGUGCUACGAGCUUCAAAGACCUGAUAAGCCAUAUAUACCUAAAGGACAUUCCAGCAAUGUGUGCCUAUCAUAUCCAUAUAUUGAGGUGGAAAAUAAGCAUCGGCGAUAUCUGCUCUUCUACCGCUGGGUGCCCUACAGCUUCCUGCUGGUGGCGGCGCUGUUCUACACAUUGAGGGCAGGACUGGUCAAGAAGUGGGAGGACACACGACUGGCCGCGCUCUACAAGGAUGUCUGGAAUGAGCGGUGCAAUUAUUUGACUGAAAAAUGGGAGGGGACCAACAACCUAGUGGUUCAGUUUCUGCGGACUGGACAGUCGGUAUCAAGCCAUUACGUUCGCUGGAUUUUGUGCCAUGUCUUCGCUAACCUCGUCGACCUUGUGGCUGUCCUUGUUUUCCAAUUCGUCCUACAGGGCGAAUUCGUGUCGCUUGUGCCCAAUGUGCUCCAUGGCCUCGAGCGCAACCCCGCGAACUUCACUGAUAAGCUAUCCACUAUCUUCCCACCCUUUGCCGAGUGCCAGAUCAGUGCGGCUCACAAAAUAGUUGAUGGAUAUGUGAUCAACUUUGGCUGUCAUUUAACCCACAUGGAGCUCUACGAGAAGAUUUUUAUCAUUACAUGGUUAGUGCUUGCCCUGCACUGGCUGUGGAGCUUUGCCAUGGUUAUAUGGCUCAGUAUUGGUAUGGUGCCGUUCUUCGGUAAGUUCACUUGUGUCGUCACAGGUCGUCUUAUCAACAGGAAGUCCGCAGCUAUCAUGGUGAAGGCUGUCAGAGUCUGUUCUAUGGGAGACGUGCACGUGUUGUAUCUCGUCAAGAAAUGGAUGAGUAACGCUCAGUUCGAGCAGCUACUCAAGGCUGUGGUCAACAGCAAAGAAGAAGAACUGCGCAAGCAUGGCUGCCUGGGAUCACCUCGCUGUUACUGUUCACGCGUUACUACAUUGCAAGUGGAAGAGCCUGGGAGUCAAGCGUAUAAGCAUGAGGGCAGGACUGAUGCUUCUGCUCCUCCGCAACAUCAAGUGCUUUGGGUCCCUGAUGGUAAUGAUCUCAUCGAUCAAACUUACAUUGAACAGUUCUACUGCGGUCAGUCGAACCCUGAUAAUAAAUACGUGGGUAAUGAGUCAAACCAAAUAAAUGGUGUCAGGAAUAGAAAUUGGAAACAGUGAUAAACUUUUGCCUUGAAACUUAGUUUGUAAACGUGUGUCGACUGAAAUCUAAAAAUUAUUUCAGUCCUGCGUGCUUAACCCUUAAGUUAUGAUUUUUGUUAUUUGUUUUCAUUUUACCAAAGUUGAGUUCCGUAAAGCUUGGUAUACGUAUGAAUCAUUCGGAUUAUGAAUUUUUGUUGCGUCUGAUACAUUAUCUGACAUAGAAUAGGAACGCGUUUAUCUGAUUUCCUAUUUAGAGGCAAAGCUCACUCGGGUUGUCAAACAUCUGGUCUGAGACAUCGCCUAUUGUGAUACGAGUUAAUGGUCCUAUACAAAUUGUAUUGUUUAUUUGCUUCGGAAGGUAGUUAUUUGUACUAAAUUUCCAGCUCAUUGCUCUUGUUUAUUAUUUCUUUGUAGCUAUAAUUAUAGAAUGGUUUAUAUAAAGCAUUCGUAUGAUAGUUUCACUUGUUGCGCUACUGAAGUAGUUGAGUGUAUAUCUUGACGUGGCUCAGGCUCUUUUUUGUAUCUCUGUCGUUCUCGAGUUGCCUGUAUAGCGCCGAGACCAAUGCUACAAGUAUAAGUUGCGGAUGAAAAUUAGUUGGAAAGGAUGAAAUUUUCUUCGUUCGUUGAGGAGUAAUUUUUCUAAAAUUUUAUUAUCGGGUGUAACGAAGAUGAUCAUGCAGUUGUUUGUUUUCGUAGCUUAAUUUUAGCGUUAUUUUGUCAUUGUAGAUGGAAAUGUUUGCAAAGUUGAGCUUGUUAUUGUUCACCUAUUGAAGCGAGCUCGACUUGCCAGUCGCGUCUACUAUAUCGCACGUAUUUCAGACCGGUUCAGCAUCGAUUUUAUUUGAAUCUUAGUUUGAUUUGUUGCUCAUGAGCUGAAAACUUUACUCACGGAUUUAUAGUACAACAAGCGACGCAUUUGAGAUGAUAUCUUUACUUCUAUAAUUUAUAAUUUCUUUGCUUCAUGUUCAUAAUUUCUUUAACCUUUAAAACGUCCGAAGACGAUAAGAUAUCUGUACUUCUAUAAUUUAUAAUUUCUUUGUUUCA